AUGGACAAUGAAGCUGGGAGCAACAUCCAUUAUGCAUCUUGCACUGCAACAAGCAGUCUAAUACUGCUCGUCAUCCAGAACUCGGUCUCACUUCUCCUACUGCAUAGACUCCAACAGCGGACCGACGAAAACCAAGAUCGAUAUGAACCGCUCACAGUGGUGAUAUUCUCCGAAGCACUGAAACUACUAGUUUCUGUUAUUUGGCUCGGCUAUGAAACUCGCACGACAUCGCAAGUGAACGGUACGCCACGAUACCUCGUUGGGAAACUUCGAGACGGGCACAUAAAAUCUGCUACACCAGCACUGCUCUAUACCAUUGCUGCGGCAUGCCAGAGCAUAGGGGCGCAUAACCUCGAGAGUCUGUCUUUCGUUGUGCUCUCUCAACUCAAGCUUAUUUUGACGCCACUAUUCUCCUUUGUCAUUCUGAGACAGGUUUUAACAUCGACACAAUGGCUAUGCCUCCUCGUCAUGGCUAGUGGGAUCAUUCUUGUCCAGCCAGCCGCCGCUUCCUACAGAGUUGCGGAAACGGGAGACAGUCACGGUGCAUUGGUGGGAGUGCUAGCAAUGGUCAUCUCGGGCGUCUGCGUCGCCUUGGCUGGGGUUCUCAUGGAAACAAUACUCAAGACGCCCAACAAGUUCGUUGCGCGAAAUGCCCAGCUCGCGGCCUACAGCUGCUUCUGCGCCGUUGUGGGGGUUUUGGCUCGACCGGCAUCGAUAAUGACGGGUUCGGGCAACAAUUACCAGAUCUCGUUUUUCCACGGGUACCACUCUAUGGUCUGGAUUUUUGUACUUCUCCAGGCUGCAGGUGGCUUUAUCGUUGCAUGGUCUGUCCGGACCACGAGCACGGUAGCGAAGAACUACGCCCAGGCUGUUGGCUUCUUGAUUGCAUCAGUAGGGCCCACGUUAUUAUCAUCCAAAGACGUGCCACAUCUAACAUGGAUUAGAAUCGGCUGUGUGUUGGCUGGUGUAUUUGGCUCAGUCCAUGGUUCAUUAAAUGCUUCGAUGAAGAGGAGGACUGCAACGAAAGAAGGAGAAGUUAAUCAGGAUCCUGAAAAAGCAGAAGCACACCCACGAGAUAGCCUUGAUAGACGGUUGUCUUAG